AUGACAGAAUCCUCGCACCAACUGUCCAUUUGUCGUGACAAGAAGACAUGUGUUGCAAAUGUGUUGUGGUGUAAGUGUGUUGUAAAUGUUUUGUGGUGUAAGUGUGUUGUAUAUGUGUUGUGGUGUAAGUGUGUUGUAAAUGUGUUGUGGUGUAAGUGUAGUCUAAAUGUGUUGUGGUGUCAGUGUGUUGUAAAUGUGUUGUGGCGUAAGUGUGUUGUAAAUGUGUUGUGGUGUAAGUGUGUUGUAAAUGUGUUGUGGUGUAAGUGUAGUGUAAAUGUGUUGUGGUGUAAGUGUAGUGUAAAUGUGUUGUGGUGUAAAUGUGUUGCAAAUGUGUUGUGGUGUAAGUGUGUUGUAAAUGUGUUGUGGUGUAAGUGUAGUGUAAAUGUGUUGUGGUGUAAGUGUGUUGUAAAUGUGUUGUGGUGUAAGUGUGUUGUAAAUGUGUUGUGUUGUAAGUGUGUUGUAAAUGUGUUGUGGUGUAAGUGUGUUGUAAAUAUGUUGUGGUGUAAGUGUGUUGUAAAUGUGUUGUGGUGUAAAUGUGUUGUAAAUGUGUUGUGGUGUAAGUGUGUUGUAAAUGUGUUGUGGUGUAAGUGUGUUGUAAAUGUGUUGUGGUGUAAGUGUGUUGCGAAUGUGUUUUCGUGUGAGUGUGAUGUGGAUGACGACCGCACAGCUGAGGUCCGCACUGACCUCUGUCCUUGCACUCCCUGGUAUAGUUGGCGUAGUACGUGCCGUCUGGGCACCGAUGGAGACACUGUCCCUGACUGA